UCUUUCAAAAACACUGCAUUUUAGUUUCACUCUUUUCACGUAAAUAUUAAUUUAUUGGAGUGAAAAAGAAGCAUUCCUCUACUCUCUCUCUCUCUCUCUUCAUGCUUUAAAAGUUCGAAUUAUUAGUUUUGCUGGUUUAAAGUUUAAUCAUGGUGACCCUUUGAGGUCCAUAUUGUCAUCACAACUCCACCAACAGCGAUCAUCAUCACUGUUGACACUUUCUCACUCACAGUGAGAGUGAUUCCACUUCAACCCAAAUAAGUUGUAACCAAAAGAGUCCCUUUUGAAGGCUGGAAUGAAAAUGGGUCAUGUAGUGUGGAUGUUGCUGGUGAUUUCCACCACUGUUUUAUGCCCUUCUUCUCAUGCUCUAACUCAAGAUGGAUUGACAUUGUUGGAGAUCAAAAGCGCUUUGAAUGACACAAGGAAUUUUCUGAGAAACUGGCGAGAAUCUGAUGAGUCUCACUGUACAUGGACUGGUAUCACUUGUCAUCCUGGGGAACAACGAGUUCGCUCAAUAAAUCUACCUUACAUGCAACUGGGGGGAAUUAUAUCUCCUAGCAUUGGCAAACUCAAUAGACUGCAUAGACUGGCACUUCAUCAAAAUGGCUUAAAUGGAGUUAUUCCCAGUGAAAUUAGCAAUUGUACUGAGCUUAGAGCACUGUACUUGAGAGCUAAUUAUUUACAAGGAGGCAUCCCAUCAGAUAUUGGAAAUCUUUCUUAUUUACAUGUAAUGGAUUUAUCGAGCAACUCAUUGAAGGGUGCUAUACCUUCUUCUAUAGGCCGUCUUUCACAAUUGCGAGUUCUGAACUUGUCAACUAAUUUCUUUUCCGGUGAAAUCCCUGACAUUGGAGUGCUAAGCACCUUUGGGAACAACGCGUUUAUUGGGAAUUUAGAUCUUUGUGGGAGGCAAGUUCAGAAACCAUGUCGGACAUCACUUGGUUUCCCAGUGGUGCUACCACAUGCUGAAAGUGAUGAAGCUGCAGUCCCUGCCAAAAGAUCUUCACACUACGUGAAGUGGCUGCUAGUUGGUGCAAUAUCAAUUAUGGGUCUUGCACUUGUAGUAACUCUUUCAUUACUAUGGAUUUGUUUGCUAUCAAAGAAGGAAAGAGCUGCUAGGAGAUACGUAGAAGUUAAGGAUCAAGUCAAUUCAGAAUCUAGCAGGAAGGAUGAUGGUACAAAACUUAUCACCUUCCAUGGUGAUCUGCCAUACACAUCAUUUGAGAUCAUAGAAAAGUUGGAAUCUCUCGAUGAAGAUGACGUGGUAGGGUCUGGAGGAUUUGGUACUGUUUACCGGAUGGUGAUGAAUGAUUGUGGUACAUUUGCUGUUAAGCGGAUUGAUAGAAGUCGUGAAGGUUCUGAUCGAGGGUUUGAAAGAGAACUAGAAAUAUUGGGUAGCAUCAAGCACAUUAAUCUAGUUAACCUGCGUGGUUACUGCAGACUCCCUUCUACUAAGCUUCUAAUCUAUGAUUAUUUGGCCAUGGGAAGCUUAGAUGAUCUCUUGCAUGAAAAAGCCGAACAAUCACUGAACUGGAGUACUCGCCUAAAGAUAGCCCUUGGAUCUGCUCGGGGUUUGGCUUACUUGCACCAUGACUGUAGCCCAAAAAUUGUGCAUCGUGACAUAAAAUCCAGCAACAUCCUUCUUGAUGAGAACAUGGAGCCUCGUGUCUCUGAUUUUGGUCUUGCUAAGCUUUUGGUAGAUGAUGAUGCUCAUGUUACGACAGUGGUGGCUGGCACAUUUGGUUAUUUGGCACCAGAGUAUUUACAAAGUGGGAGAGCCACUGAGAAGUCAGAUGUGUAUAGUUUUGGAGUUCUACUGCUAGAACUUGUAACUGGAAAGAGACCUACAGAUCCUUCCUUUGCAAGGAGAGGUGUAAAUGUUGUUGGUUGGAUGAACACGUUCCUAAGAGAAAAUAAAUUGGUAGACGUAGUAGACAAAAAAUGCACCGAUGCAGAUUGGGAAUCUGUUGAAGUAAUUCUUGAACUAGCAGCAAGUUGCACUGAUGCAAAUGCGGAUGAACGUCCAUCAAUGAACCAAGUAUUGCAGAUACUGGAACAAGAGGUUAUGUCUCCUUGCCCAAGUGAUUUUUAUGAGUCACAUUCAGAUCAUUAAAUGGCUCAAGUAAUUCAAUUCCAAGAUGCUAUCCUAACAACGUUUGGCAAGUGUUUUAGCCCCCUUUUGUGGGUCUGUAAAUUAGUGUUCUAGCAAAUAUGCAACCUCAGGAAUUCAACUUUGCAAUGACAUGCCACAAAUAUGAUUUUGGUUAAUCAACAUGUAUUUUGUUGAUUUUGGUUGAGUUUUUGGAAUGACCUCCAAUGACAAGCCAGUAGUUAAUUUUUUCUUCAUCAUUUUUAGCAUUCUGCAUGAUUUAAUGGACAAAACUUGUUACUUGUUAAUGACUCUUUGCCCAAAAAAUCAAAGAUAGAACAAG